GACUUGGCUUGCGGCCCUUCCUCGUUUCGAAUCUGUUACGUUUUGCGCGGGUUUAUGAUUCGUAUGUCGUAAUGCCCAGUUCCAAAUCUGUUGCAAUGAAAAACUACGCUUAAAAAAAGGCUACAUAGCCUGUCGUUUCUUUUUAAUUAUCCUUGGAAUCACUGUUGUUGCGAAAGGCGUAGCGGCACGGCAGAAAACCGAGGCGAUGACGCGCAGGAUAGCACACAGCCUGGAUGCGGUGUGGCGCUCCGAGGACGUCGACCACGGGGAUGACGUGACCUUUGACCAGUUCAUGCUGUCGGAGCGCGUUCUGACGGGCCUGCGCAAAUCCGGUUUUGUCAAGCCUUCACCAAUCCAAGUCCAAGCCAUACCCCUGGGACUUUGCGGUUUUGACCUGGUGGUGCAGGCGAAAUCGGGCACUGGGAAGACCUGUGUGUUUGCAGUUCUUGCCCUGGAAGCUGUGGACGUGGGAACACACGCCGUGCAGGUGCUGAUCCUGGCCCCGACACGGGAGAUAGCGGUGCAAACGUGCGACACCGUCCGCUGCCUGGGCUGCGAGCUGCCCGGCCUUCACUGCUAUGCCUUCAUCGGCGGGGUGCCCCUGCCGCAAGACCUGCAGAAGCUCGCCUCCUGCCACAUCGCCGUGGCCACCAUGGGGCGGCUGUGUCAGCUGGUGCGCAGUGGGCAGCUGCGGCUGUCCCAGGUGCGGCUGCUGGUGCUGGAUGAGGCAGACCAGAUGCUGGGGGAAGCUUUCCUGGAAGACCUCAGUGACCUGUGGGGGCGGCUCCCCUCGAGCAAGCAGGUGGUGGCCACUAGCGCCACCUACCCACCGGCCGUGGCACGCCUGCUCGAAGAGAAGUACCUGCACCAACCGGCGUUGGUGCGCCUGGGGGCUGAAGACCCUGCACUCCUCGGAGUCUCGCAGUGGUACCUGUCCGUGGAAGGGGCCUUCCUGGCCAAGCUGUCUUCUCUGGAGUCCUUACUGCGCCAUAUGCCCUUCUCCCAGUGCCUGGUCUUCGUCAACUCGCAGGCCAGGGCACGCUCCCUGUCAGAACGGCUCAACCGGUCCCUGGGUGGAGUGCAGCUCCUCAGCGGAGCCCAGGGGCAGGAGGAGCGGAUGGCCGCCCUGGCGCGGCUCAAGGGAUUCCGUUGCCGCCUGCUCGUCUCCACCGACCUGGCCGCCCGGGGCAUCGAUGCAGAGCGGGUCAACCUGGUGGUGAACUUUGACCUGCCCUGGGACCUGGAGACGCACUUGCAUCGCUCCGGACGGGCGGGACGCUACGGCAGCGCAGGAGAUGCAGUCACCUUGGUGAGUGGUGCCGGGGAGCUGGAGCAGUUGCAAGUGCUGUGCCGUCCCAUCGGUCUGCUUCUGCGCCCCCUGCCGGCAACUGCCUGGUCCCCACAAUCAGGGAGUGCUGAGCAGAACAAUAUCGCCAAUUCUUCAGGAACUGGGAACAUUGCUGAGCACGCCUGUGAAGCAAUUCAGAAACCCCCGGGAGAAAGGGCAGCCCAACCUCUCCAGCCUGCUCUUAGGCCACAGCUGGGCUCAGUUCUCCGGGACAAAAAGGCCCACCUGGGCACAGAUCUAGCCUGGCCCCCAAACAGGACCCUCUGCACUGCACUCUGGAGACUUGUCCUGGCAGACAGGGAUGCAUUCCUCAACACCGGUGCAGUUGGGGAGGCGGUGGGUCCUCAGGACGCAGAGAAUCUUCUGGAGGAAGGUGAUCUUCUGGAAAAGGACAGUUCACGAGAAGGAGGUGGUCCUCCAAAUGAAGAUGGUCAUCAGGAUAGAAGAGAUUGUCGGAGAAAACAGGCUUUUCUGCAAGAAGGUGGUCUUGAGAAUGAGUAUGGCAUUCAAAGGGGAGACAGUUCUUGUAAGGGACAUGGCCUUCAGAGAAAAUGUGGUCUUCAGGAGGAGCCCAGUCAUCACAGGAAAGACACCUGUUCCCAGAAGCUAUGUAGCCCCCUGCAGUGGCCUUGUGCUGUUGGGACAUUUGGGUGGCCUUGGCUCUGGGAACACUCCCAUUACAUGCAGAGGAUGUUGCGACCUCUGGGGGAUGGCAGCAAUCAUUGCUAAUGCUUGGGAAACUUUGCACCUCCUCACGUUUGUGCCUUUGUGCUGCCAGGUAUGUUGGACAUUAUUCUAAUUGAGAGCUUACACUGGGAUGUUAAGUGAGCACUGAUUUGUAUAUAAAAAAAUGAAAGAUGUGUA